GGAAUCCGACAUAAGUCAAAACAUGGACGAUGAAAAUUGUUUCUGCAGACAUUCACAAGCAUCAGAGGCGGCGGAUGCGGUUCUGAAGUUUGCAGAAAAUAUUUCAGAUGAAAAGAAAAUUCCAUUAAGUCUUAUACUGGGGUCUUUGUUUUUGAAGACUUUGCAGAGUAAAGACACUGAAUUGACUAAAAGCAAAUAUAUUCAGAGCACAACAAGUGUCAAACAAGAUGAAUCUGAAAAUGCUGUGUUCAAGGAUGAAUUGUCAAAAGAUGCAUUAGCAGGAGGUUCUGCCACAUUUUCAUUGGACGGUAAGGAGGAAGCUGGAAAAAUCUCAGACAAAAAAUCUUCUAAUACUUCCAAAACAAGGGAGAAAUUUUCAAAUCCAAUAAAAAAAUCAAAGUCAGCAGAUAUAUUGAAAGAAAAAAACAAAAUUGUAUCAGAAACUGAUCCAAAGACUGAUGUUGACAUUAUAACCAUUGAUGAUGAAGAAGAAGAUGUCAAUCACAAUGCUAGUUGUGAGAUAGAAAAAGUUGAUAUUAAUUUUAUGUCAACACAUGAAAAAUCACAAAAUAAACAAGAAUCGCAAAAUAAACAAGAUGAUAUAAAAAAUGAAAAGUGUACAAAUGUUACUGAUAAAAAGACAAGCUCAACAGCAAUUGCUUUUGUAAAUACUAAUUCAAAUGAUGAUGAUCUGUUUGAAAUGGAUUGUGAUGAAAUUGAUGACAAUGCGGCCAGUAAUGAUGUUCAACAGAGUGCAUGUAUUGAAGAUGAAGUAGAUCCUGAUGUAACAAUCAUAAGUGAUGAUGAGGAUGAUGUAAACGAGAGUGAAAGUAAAUCUAAAUCAAUAGUUUCCAAUGGUGUACCAGCAGAUCAAAAACUGACGGUGGAGGUUGGAUUAAAGUCACACCAAGAAGGCAAUACUAGUAAAAAAACAAAGACUGAAGACAAUUUGAAGAAAAGUCAUAUAAAAAAGACUGAGGAAAAAAGUUCAGUCAAAACAGAAAAUGACUUAAAAAAUAAAUUCUUAAAAAAUGAUGUAAAUGAAGACGGUCUUUCUACUGACAUCAAUAAGUCAGAGAAAAAGUCAAAUGUUUCUGCUGAAUGCAAUAAAGUUGAAAUGGGUGCAAAUGCAGCAAGUAUUCUGGGUUUAAUGCCUUCAACAAAGCUGAUAAAAAACUGUUCAGUUAAACUUACUGCAAUAAAAGCCAGUGAAGCAAAUGGAUGCGUAUCAGCCUUUUCAUCAGACCAGUCAGAGGCAAAAGAUUCAUCCCCAGUUGUUCUACUUGAUGACGAACUUUUAACUGUAGAGUUAGAACUGGUUUCUGACGUGCCUGAUGUAAACCAGGCUAAAACAGACUGUUCAGGUGAAGGUAGUAAUCAUAGUCAUGAUACAUCUAGUCAAAAGAGAAAAAGACGUCUUCUAGACUUUGACAAGAAAUGGCACAGUGAACCAAAAUACACUCCCGAUCAAGAUAAGUACCUUGCUCUUCCUGGUGGUAUUGAAGCGAACAGCGUGAGUUCAGUCGAAGAUUAUGUUGGUAGAUCAGCAAGUCCCACUGUUAGCCCGUCUACUAUAGAUUGGCAGAAACCUGGCCUUUACAACAGUGUUAGUUUGAAUAAUAGGAGCCCAAAGUCCGGUAAAACCCGUGACAAGAAUGUCGACAAAUCAGGUGAAAAUGGUAAAAAGCAAAACAGCAAUAGUGAUGACGAUACCCAGAAAGACACAGAGUCGCCAAAAAGUGUUCAAAGUCAAGGAAAGAGUGAGGUUAAUGCUUCCAAGGUGAAGGUUACUGGAAUAAAGAGAAAAAAUAACAAAGCAUUCAAUAAAGCUAAUUCAAAGUCUGAUUCGAGUGUGACUGGAAGUUUGUCAUCGAGACCAACUGUUGGAUAUUUUUCUGUGAACAUUGGAGGAAUGAGAGUCAAAAUGCGGGGUGCUAAUCGUUAUGCUGUCUCACAAAAGUUUUCAGGGAACAAGAAAGGGUCUGGAGCCAGUGACAGUAUUAAUAAUGCCAAGAAAAAGCCCAUCAGAGGCAAUCAAACAUGAUAAGCAUUAUGUGUCUCAUUUAGUUUUUAGUAUUGCUACUGUCUAUAUUACUUAUUUUGUGAAAAAUGGUGUAUUAUUCUAUCUAGACCAAAGGUUCUUUGAGUAAUUUUUGACAUAUGAUUAAAUUUAAAGCAGAUUUUGUAUUCAAGGAGAACAUUCAAGACAAAUGUUAUUAAUAUUUAGGAUAUUUAGAUCUCACUGAAUUGUUUGAAUAGGAAGAUACAAUUGUAUGAGUGUGUUUUUAAGAAAGACUGCAUUUUUAUGCCCCCUUUUCGAAGAAAAGGUGGCAUAUAGUGAUCGGACUGUCCGUCUGUCUGUCUUUCCGUCACACUUUGCGUUUAGGUUUCGAAAAAUGCUCAUAAUUUCUAUGUCCCUUGAGAUAUAACCUUCAUAUUUGGUAUGCAUGUGUAUAUGGACAAGGCCUUUCCAUAGGCACAAAAAUGUUUACCCCUGUGACCUUGAACUUAGGGCCCGCGUUUAGGUUUCGAAAUCUGCGUUUAGGUUUCGAAAAAUGCUCAUAACUUCUAUGUCCCUUGAGAUAUAACCUUCAUAUUUGGUAUGCAUGUGUAUAUGGACAAGGCCUUUCCAUACGUACACAAAUUUUUACCCCUGUGACCUUGCCCUUGAACUUAGGGUCCGUGUUUAGGUUUCAAAAUCUGCGUUUAGGUUUCGAAAAAUGCUCAUAACUUCUAUGUCCCUUGAGAUAUAAUCUUCAUAUUUGGUAUGCAUGUGUAUAUGGACAAGGCCUUUCCAUACGCACACAUUUUUUUACCCCUGUGACCUUGACCUUGAACUUAGGGUCCGCGUUUAGGUUUCGAAAUCUGGGUUUAGGUUUUUGAAAAAUGCUCAUAACUUCUUUGUCCCUUGAGAUAUAACCUUCAUAUUUGGUAUGCAUGUGUAUACAAACAAGGCCUUUCCAUUCACACACAAAUUUUGACCCUGUGACCUUGACCUUGAACUUAGGGUCCACGUUUAGGUUAUGAAAUCUGUGUUUAGGUUACGAAAAAAGCUCAUAACUUCUAUCAAGCGUUUAUAGGGGGCAUAAGUCAUCCUAUGGUGACAGCUCUUGUUUGUAUCUGGAAAGACAUUAAAAUGUUGAGGAACGAUACUAGACAACAUUUAAUUGUCUUCGAUUAAGAUGGCAUUAAAGCAUGUGUCCAAAAACAAUGUCACCGGGUCAAAUUAAAAAAACAACGUUAAUACCACUGUACAAGCUAAAUUUCUGAUUGAAUCUUUAUAAAACUUUGUCAGAAUGUGUAUCUUGACAAUAUCCAGGCUAAGUAUAAAUCUGGGUCAUGUGUCCAAAAACAAGGUCAUAAGGUCAGGUCUUUUUUUAAACUUAUUACCAAUCUAGAAGCCUAAUUUUGAACUCAAUGAAACUUGGUCAGAAUUUUUAUUUUUACAAAAAAGUUUGAAUCUGGAUCAAGAGGAAUUAAAAGCUAGGUCAUCUCUCAAACCUUAGAAAAUACACUCUAGUAGCUACAAUCUUGAUUAAACAUCCUCGGAAUCUGAUAUUUGAUAUGGCAAUAUAUAGUCCUUUUUUAUUUAGGUAAAGUUUGAAUAAAAAACUAGGUCAUCAGGUCAAUCUUCCUUACUUGCAUCAUUCCCAAAUUCUCAUGAAACUAAGAUAGAACCAUUUUGUUUCCUUGUGGUUUCAACUCAUUCUGAUCAUGAACUUUUACUUGUUGUACUAGCGCUUGAUUGGUCAUUGUCGGCUCGGGUACUACUUACAUGUACCCCGGGUACUCUUUAGUAUACUUACAUGUACCCCGGGUACGGUAAAUAUACUUAAAUGUACCCGGUCGAUAUUAGACUGUACCCGAGUUGUAAUUCCACCUAAAAUCGUAAAACGCUCUACCGAUUCCCAAUAAACAGUUCUGUUUACUAAAACAAACUUCUCUUUUAAAAAAAAUGCAUCAACAUGCUUUUUUUGUAUUAGUAACAAUAAUAUAGAGGCCAUUUAACAGCAAAUUGACAUAAAUGUGAACAUAAUUGAUUAAAAAAAAACAACCACAACGACCGAUUAAGCGUUAAAAUUCCCGGGACUGUUUUAGUAUACUGGGGUAUUUACCCUAUCCAGGGUACAUGUAAGUAUACUUAAGAGUACCUAGGGUACAUGUAAGUAGUACCCGAGCCGUCAAUGACCAAUUGAGUUGCACUAGCCAGCCUUGUAAAUAUAAAUUAAUUAAUAAGAUAAAUAUAGGCUCCAGCUUUAAAUAAAGAAUGUACAACGGUAACAUUAAUAAUUUAUCAUGUAUGAAAAAAAUUAAGAGAUGUGUUUAUAACAGACCUUUUUUUUUAAUUAACCACACAUUUACUAAUAAAUUUACUAAACUUCAUCUGCUUAAUCCUUUCAGCGCGGGAACCGAAUUUUAAAGGCCUUUGCAAACAGUUUGGAUCCAGAUGAGACGCCACAGAACGUGGCGUCUCAUCAGGAUCCAAACUGUUUGCUAUUCUGAUAGUAUUCUUUGAAAAAAAUCUAAGAAAAUGCUUAUUUUAGAAAUUCAGCAGACGACAUUUUAGCAGACGACAAAUUUCUCAGCAUGCAAAGGGUUAAUAUAACAGUGUGAUAGGAGGUAUUACAAUCUGCUAGUGCCAAUAUGACACUUGAGUAAAUGAUGUGAAUCGCUCUUGUAAAUUAUGCUGUAAAUUACCUGAUUUGUUGUGAAUUUCACAUGAAUCUGUGGGCUAGCUGUUGUGAAUUAUGCUUAUACCAUUCUUUAUUUGUUGUGAAUUAAACUUGACAUGUUUG